AUGUCCAACCGUAAAUACGAAAUGCUUGCUUCCAAGACCAAAAAGAGAAAACCCGAUGAUUCCGAGAAUGAUGAAGAAGCGUCGAAGGCGAAAAAGACCAGGGGAAAGGAGCCUGUCAGCCCGACUCAGUCAAUGGUCUCGUUGAGCGACAUCGAAGACUGGAAGCGCAGUGCUUUCCAUAUGCAGCUCGAGGCCGAGAAGAUCGCAAGCGAAACGAAGACGAAGGGCAUCGAAGCAGCCCGUGGGCUAGAGAUCCUCAAGGCCGAAAACCCCAAGGAGCUAGAAAUCCUCAGAACCGAACGAGCGAACAAGCUUGAAAAGUACAAAGCCGACAGAGCCAUUGAGUUGGAAAGGUUCAAGAUUGAGACAGCGAGGAGAGAACUGGAGGUGGAGGAUGCACGCAUCCGCGCAUACAACUUGCAACUGUUUGUCAUCGAGAGGUUCAGAGAAGCCGGGGUGGUCAUGCCCUGGACCGCGCCGUUCGCACCCCACGAUUUUGGGUACACGAACCCGUGGUUGCCGAUGACCUAUACGCAUGGUAUGGUGCCGAUGAUGGGACAGCAGCAGCACAACGCUGUAAUCCCCUCUGGGUUUGCAGCGCAGGUGGGCAACGAGUAG